GUUUGUAAGGGCAAAAAAGAGGAGAAACUGAACACGAGAGGGGGCACGAGCUGCAGCGCGAACGCAAAUCGCAAAGUUCAUUUGAAAUCGGUGGUGCUGGUGGCGUGCUGUUUCCGAGCGAUCUGCCUGCCUGCCUGCCUGGCGGCAUGUUGCUCGGAGGGGAGGGGGACGUGCGUCCUGGGCUGCCUUCACAGGGAACAGUGCCGACAUUCAUCUCACAGUGUCUGAGGAAAACCCAGGGCGGCCUACCAAAACGGUUUUCACACGUCCCGUCUCGUGACGUGUGGAGCGCGAGAGCUUUACAAAUAACGACAACGUUUGCUAUUUGAGAGUUCCAAUAUCGGGGCCCUGAACUUUCUGCGUGCGGGGACAAGUUCACAGGAGGUAUAAGCGACGAAGUUCGACGAGCAGGGGUCGGCAAGUUUUGACAUGCUAUUUCCAAACAACCACGUGCCUACGUUCAAAAUGGAUAGAUGCCAGCUGUUCCUGCACAAGCAGACGCCAUCUACGUAGCGUCGACCCACUCGGCUGAACCAACGGAACGAGAAGAGUCACUCCGUCACAGUGGAUUUCCUCUCGAAGAACUUGAAUCAUAUAGCCACAGAGCAAGUUCACGCGAUCCGCCUCAUCGACAAAUUCAAUCAAUAUCUCGCUCUGCUAGACAUCAUAUCAUUUCGGCUCAGCAAAGAAUGAGACGCUCCUUAUUGGUCAACUAUACCAGUAAACCGCAGCAACUGAGAAGCCGCCGUGUCCUGCCCCAGGUCCAGAUCGAGGUAAAACCACAAUACCGGAUUCCGCCUAUCGUCCAGACUACAAUCACAACCUAUGUUGCUUCAAAUUAUUCCAACGACGUACGCAAACAAGUCCUGCUCCCAUGGCGCAAUAUCAUGGGAUCUGGUUCACAUGAUGCCGACAUCGGUCCCGUGGAGUUACCAGGUGUCCGGGUGGUCGAGAUACGCUUUAACGUCACACCUGCUUGGAAAGGCGUUCGAUACUCGUAUACAUUAGCCAUACGAAAUUCAUCGGCAUACAAGAGAGUCAUGAAGUUACUACCCAGACAGUGGCAGAAAAAUACUGAGACCGUAACACCGCGCGUACAGAAAGAAUUUGAAGUAGCGAGCCCUUUGCCUAGCAGUCGACCUCUGGGGCCUACUCCGAACCUUGUUCAUCGCAUUAGCCGAUCCUCGAGUGAUACUUCAAAACUACCACAAAGCACUACACCAUUUACAGUUCAAAGUGGACAAGACAAGCCUGAAGGCACGGUUCAGCAACAUGGAACUACGCCAAUGCUUUCAACUAAUGAUCAACGUAAGACUACUUCGUCAGAGCAGGGGCCGACCACGGAAACCACUAAAGUCUCGGCGGAAACAACUAGUGCAACAAAAUCGGAGUCAUAUCUACCUUUCACUACCCAGACUUCUUCGGACAUUACAAUGGGUAACCAGCCUGACGAAAAGGCUACACUUCCAGAGACAACGGGUACAGCUACAAACGAAGCCACGGGUGGUUCCCCAGUAACGUAUGCACCACCAGAACAAGGCGGCGUUCACGAAACUCCGAUAACAACGGUACGGUCAGUCACAGAGGGAUCAGCAACUACAAAUGAAGUUACACAACAAACUGUCUUGGGAAUAGGGCAAACGGAGGUGGUCAGCACCACGGAGCUAGCUGUACUGGAGCACACAUCUAGGGGUCAAGACGGUGCCAGUGUUACGACUUCAAUUGAUCGGCAUGCCGAGGAUGGAAGUACGGGGGCCACCUCCUCUGCUGCUCCCACGAAGAAACAAGAUUCUAUUACGACGUCUACAGCACGCCCCGCUUAUGACGAAUAUACGGUGUCCUCUGACAAAUAGCGCGUGCUUACCUUGAAGUUCCACAUGUCACUUGCGAGUUGCAACACCGUAAAGACGACUGCAUGAGUCCUCAUCCAACAGUCUUUCGGAACCCCUUCCACUACCCUUCAUAAUACACAACGUGCAGGUAAAUAAAUGAUGUAAAACAUA